UGUGGGAAAUCAUUUAGAUGGAACAGUAAUUUUACAAGACACGUGAGAACACAUACCGGUACUGGAGAGAAACCUUUUACUUGCUCUGUUUGUAAGAAGAGUUUCUCCAGCAAGCAAAACAUGACCACACACAUGAGAACACACACUGGAGAGAAACCUUUUACUUGCUCUGUUUGUAAGAAGAAUUUCUCCACAAGGCAUUACAUGACCAGACACAUGAGAACACAUACUGGAGAGAAACCUUUUACUUGCUCCGUUUGUAAGAAGAGUUUCUCCAAAAAGUGUAACAUGACCAGACACAUGAGAACACACACUGGAGAGAAACAUUUUGCUUGCUCAGCUUGUGCUAAAAGAUUCAACACUAAGAAGGAAAUUAUAUUACACAUGAGAACACACACAGGUGAGAAACCCUUUACUUGCUCUGUUUGUAAGAAGAGUUUCUCCAGAAAGCAAAUCAUGACCACACACAUGAGAACACACACUGGAGAGAAACCUUUUGCUUGCUCAGCUUGUGCUAAAAGAUUCAACACUAAGAAUGGCAUGAUAUUACACAUGAGAACACACACUGGAGAGAAACCUUUUGCUUGCGCUGUUUGUAAAAUGAGUUUCUCCAGAAAGCGUGACAUGACCACACACAUGAGAACACACACACUGGAGAGAUACCGUUUAGUUGCACUGUGUGUGAUAAGAUGUUCAGGUUUAAGUAUCAGGCCAGUAUACACAAAUGUGUAACAGUCAUGGAAGCUGCAGGGAUUUAAAAACACUUAAAGGGGAACAUUAUCACAAUUUCAGAAGGGUUAAAACCAUUAAAAAUCAGUUCCCAGUGGCUUAUUUUAUUUUUCGAAGUUUUUUUCAAAAUUCUACCCAUCACGCAAUAUCCCUAACAAAGCUUCAAAGUGCCUGAUUUUAACCAUCGUUAUAUA